CCUCCAUCCUCAUUCUCUCAGCACCAACUCCCCUACCCCAAAGGAAUCCCUCAGGAGCUGAGGCGACUCACCCCACUGCCAUGUCCAAAAGCUUGAAAAAGAAAAGCCACUGGACUAGCAAAGUCCAUGAGAGUGUCAUUGGCAGGAACCCGGAGGGCCAGCUGGGCUUCGAACUGAAGGGGGGCGCCGAGAAUGGACAGUUCCCCUACCUGGGGGAGGUGAAGCCCGGCAAGGUGGCCUAUGAGAGCGGCAGCAAGUUGGUGUCUGAGGAACUGCUGCUGGAAGUAAACGAGACCCCCGUGGCGGGGCUCACCAUCAGGGACGUGCUUGCCGUGAUCAAACACUGCAAGGAUCCCCUCCGGCUCAAGUGUGUCAAGCAAGGAGGAAUUGUUGAUAAGGAUCUUCGUCACUACCUCAACUUACGAUUUCAGAAGGGUUCUGUGGACCACGAACUUCAGCAAAUCAUUCGUGACAACCUCUACCUCCGCACAGUGCCAUGCACCACAAGGCCACAUAAGGAGGGUGAGGUUCCUGGAGUGGACUAUAUUUUCAUCACUGUUGAAGAUUUUAUGGAAUUGGAGAAAAGCGGUGCUCUCCUAGAAAGUGGGACUUAUGAAGACAAUUACUACGGUACCCCAAAGCCUCCAGCAGAACCAGCACCAUUGUUACUAAAUGUAACAGACCAGAUACUUCCUGGAGCCACUCCAAGCACUGAAGGAAAACGAAAAAGGAAUAAAUCAGUGAGCAACAUGGAGAAAGCAAGCAUAGAGCCUCCUGAGGAGGAAGAGGAAGAGAGGCCUGUGGUCAAUGGAAAUGGAGUAGUAGUAACACCAGAAUCCAGUGAACAUGAAGACAAGAGUGCAGGUGCCUCAGGGGAGACACCCUCCCAGCCUUACCCUGCACCAGUGUAUAGUCAGCCCGAGGAGGUGAAGGAACAGAUGGAUGAUGCAAAGCCAACUAAACCUGAAGAGCAUGAGGAAUCAGACCCAUUGCCUGAUAACUGGGAAAUGGCCUAUACAGAGAAGGGUGAAGUCUACUUCAUUGACCAUAACACAAAGACAACAUCAUGGCUGGAUCCACGACUUGCGAAAAAGGCUAAACCUCCAGAAGAAUGCAAAGAAAAUGAGCUUCCAUAUGGCUGGGAAAAAAUCGAUGAUCCCAUAUAUGGCACUUACUAUGUUGACCACAUAAAUAGAAGAACACAGUUUGAAAACCCUGUCCUGGAAGCAAAAAGGAAGCUACAGCAGCAUAACAUGCCCCACACAGAACUUGGAACAAAGCCUCUGCAGGCCCCAGGCUUCCGAGAAAAACCACUCUUUACCCGGGAUGCAUCCCAGCUGAAGGGAACAUUUCUCAGCACCACACUGAAAAAGAGCAACAUGGGGUUUGGAUUUACCAUCAUUGGUGGAGAUGAGCCUGAUGAGUUUCUGCAGGUGAAAAGCGUGAUUCCCGAUGGGCCUGCAGCACAGGACGGAAAAAUGGAAACGGGUGAUGUCAUUGUCUAUAUUAAUGAAGUUUGUGUCCUUGGACACACUCAUGCAGAUGUAGUCAAACUUUUCCAGUCUGUUCCUAUUGGUCAGAGUGUCAACUUAGUGUUGUGUCGUGGCUACCCUUUGCCCUUUGAUCCUGAAGAUCCUGCUAACAGCAUGGUGCCACCCCUUGCAAUAAUGGAGAGGCCACCUCCAGUGAUGGUCAAUGGAAGACAUAACUAUGAAACAUAUUUGGAAUACAUUUCUCGGACCUCACAGUCGGUUCCAGAUAUAACAGAUCGGCCGCCUCAUACUUUGCACUCAAUGCCAGCUGAUGGUCAGCUAGAUAGCACGUAUCCACCACCUGUCCAUGACGACAAUGUAUCUAUGGCUUCAUCUGGGGCCACCCAAGCUGAACUUAUGACCUUAACCAUUGUGAAAGGUGCCCAGGGCUUUGGCUUCACCAUUGCAGACAGUCCUACAGGACAGCGGGUGAAACAAAUACUUGACAUUCAGGGAUGCCCUGGCCUGUGUGAAGGCGACCUCAUUGUUGAGAUCAACCAGCAGAAUGUACAGAACCUGAGCCAUACGGAAGUAGUGGAUAUACUUAAGGACUGUCCCAUUGGAAGCGAGACUUCUUUGAUUAUCCAUCGAGGAGGUUUCUUUUCUCCAUGGAAAACUCCAAAGCCUAUAACGGACCGAUGGGAGAAUCAAGGCAGUCCUCAAACGAGUUUAUCUGCUCCGGCCAUACCGCAGAACCUGCCCUUCCCACCCGCCCUUCACAGGAGUUCCUUUCCUGACUCAACAGAGGCCUUCGACCCAAGGAAGCCUGACCCAUAUGAGCUCUACGAGAAAUCUAGAGCCAUUUAUGAAAGUAGGCAGCAAGUGCCACCAAGGACCAGUUUUCGAAUGGAUUCCUCUGGUCCGGAUUACAAGGAGCUGGAUGUUCACCUUCGCAGGAUGCAGUCUGGAUUUGGCUUCAGAAUCCUCGGGGGAGAUGAGCCUGGACAGCCUAUUUUGAUUGGAGCCGUCAUUGCCAUGGGAUCAGCCGACAGAGACGGCCGCCUACACCCAGGAGACGAGCUCGUCUAUGUGGAUGGGAUUCCAGUGGCUGGCAAGACCCACCGCUAUGUCAUCGACCUUAUGCACCAUGCAGCCCGGAACGGGCAGGUCAACCUCACUGUGAGAAGAAAGGUGCUAUGUGGAGGGGAGCCCUGCCCGGAGAACGGGAGGAGUCCAGGCUCCGUGUCGACCCACCACAGCUCUCCUCGCAGUGACUACGCAACCUACACCAACACCCACACCAACAGCAGCGCCUCUCCCCCCGAAGGCUUCGCCUCCCACAGCCUGCAGACCAGUGACGUGGUCAUUCACCGCAAAGAGAACGAGGGCUUCGGCUUUGUCAUCAUCAGCUCCCUGAACAGGCCAGAGUCCGGAUCCACCAUAACUGUGCCACAUAAAAUUGGACGCAUCAUUGAUGGGAGUCCCGCAGAUCGCUGUGCAAAACUAAAAGUGGGAGACCGGAUCUUAGCAGUGAAUGGCCAGUCUAUCAUCAACAUGCCUCACGCUGACAUCGUGAAGCUCAUCAAGGAUGCAGGUCUUAGUGUCACCCUUCGCAUCAUUCCUCAGGAGGAGCUCAACAGCCCAGCCUCGGCGCCCAGCUCAGAGAAGCACAGCCCGCUGGCCCAGCAGCACAGCCCCCUGGCCCAGCAGAGUCCUCUGGCCCAGCCCAGCCCGGCCACCCCCAACAGUCCUGUCGCCCAACCAGCUCCCCCUCAGCCACUUCAGCUGCAAGGACAUGAAAACAGUUACAGGUCAGAAGUAAAAGCAAGGCAAGAUGUGAAACCAGAUAUCCGACAGCCUCCGUUCACGGACUACAGGCAGCCCCCACUGGACUACCGGCAGCCCCCAGGAGGGGACUAUCUGCAAGCCCCGCCCUUGGACUACAGGCAGCCCUCCCCUGACACCAGGCAGUUCCCUCUGUCAGACUACAGGCAGCCCCAGGAUUUUGAUUAUUUCACUGUGGACAUGGAGAAAGGAGCCAAAGGAUUUGGAUUCAGUAUUCGUGGAGGAAGGGAGUACAAAAUGGAUUUGUACGUGUUGAGAUUGGCAGAAGAUGGGCCAGCAAUAAGAAAUGGAAGGAUGAGGGUAGGAGAUCAGAUCAUUGAAAUCAAUGGGGAGAGCACCAGAGACAUGACACACGCCAGAGCAAUAGAGCUCAUCAAAUCUGGAGGAAGAAGGGUCAGGCUACUGCUGAAGCGCGGGACGGGGCAGGUCCCAGAGUAUGACGAUUCCAGCUCCUGGAGUUCUCCCGCUGCCGCCUCCCCAGGUCUGCCGGAAGUAGGCGUCUCCCUCGAGGACAUCCUCUCUCCAUUCUCUCCAUCACAUCCAGCCCCACCAUCCGACCCUAACAACCAGAUAAGCCCAGACCCAACUUGGGAUAUCAAAAGGGAACACGACGUUAGGAAACCAAAGGAGCUUUCAGCCGGCAGCCAGAAGAAGCAGCGCCUCGGGGAGCAGAGCGAGCUUCCGGCAAGCCCGCAGAGGGCCGUGCAGCCGAGGCUCGCGGAGGUGCCUGGUGGCCAGGGGCAGCCUGAGGCCAGCAGGCCCUCCUCAGAGGCCAGGGCACCUGGGCCCACAGCGGUGGACGCAGCACGGGCCAGCAGCAAAGAGGGGCUGCAUGCCACAGUGGGCCCCGAGCUCGGCCGGCGCGAAGGCCCUGGAGUGGCACCUGCGUUUGUGGGCCCAGGCCGUGGCAGGGGUGUGCGGGAGGCUGAGGGCAGGGCAGGCACACGUGCGGGGCCCAGGCAGGGCACGCGGCCCCCGGGGGGAACCCCUGCGCGCAAGGCUGCUGUCGCGCCAGGGCCCUGGAAGGUGCCAGGCUCCGACAAGCUGCCAGGCAUCCUCAAACCCGGCGCCUCGGCUGCAGGCAGAUGAGCCCACUGCCCCGCCUCAAUACCUGCAGGUCGUUCUUCUUAGGUUCCGUCUCAUGGUGUUUUAAUUUAUUUUCACUGUCACAUGCAUAAAUCCACGAGGCACCAAGGCUUGGGAGCACCGACGUGAAGUCCCACGUGUCCAACAAGCAUGGUCCAUACGGCAUCCACGGCAGACCUAAACUGAUCCUAAAGCUCCCAGUUCCACUGCGGGGGCUUUGGCAGCUAUGGAAGAACCAAAAUAACGUGAAGAACAUCACAGAGAGUGCAGUGUAGCUUUAGUAAAACAAGAAAGGAAAAAAAUUCCCCCACUGCAUGAAGGAUUUGGAUGUCAUCCAAACUUUAUAUUGAGAAACAUAUCAAGAAACUGGACAAGUUAAGAGCAAUCACAAACUGGAAUAUCGCCUUAAAAAUCAAACUGCACGGAGCAAGCUGAAACUGAGACAAGAUUAUAUCUUUUAAUUGAUCUGAAGAGUUGUAAAUAAAUUGUUCUGGACAUAUCUAGACAGGGGUUAAAAGGUUUCUUUGAAACAUUCAGAACCGUUCGCCCAUGACAUGUUUCCAUGGCUCACUUGUGGCACCAUCACCAGUUUUAGCAGCAAUGUCCCCUGCAUACUGCAGGAUGAAUUAGAAAUCUAGUGAAUUCAUUGGUGUGAUGCCAUUUUUACUGCCAUUUCUGUAAUCAAGUUUCUGUGCAUUUUCAGUGGUAGAAAAUAAAAGGUUUUAAAAAUUGUAUCCUAGGGAACAGUCUGCCAUAAGUCAAAAUUUUGCAGUUUAGCUCAUAGAUCUUAAUUGGUUUUCAUCUAAAAUAUGAAUUUUAUAACUAAAGGACCACAAUUUGUUAAAUUGAGAUUGGCAACGCUGCAGUUCCUUUAUGAGAGAAGGCCUUCCUGUUGUCUCAGAGUUAGCAGCUUCUUUGACAGCAAUGUUACAUUUCACUCGUUUUGCUGUCUUUUUAAAAAUCCUCUUUCCAUUACUUCAUUUUCACUGAUAGAGCAGAGGCAAAGUAUUUCUCCUAUAUUGCUCAGAUUACAAUGAAUCUCUCCCUAAUAUUAAAAAAUCAUUAGUAUGACCCAUUUAUUUUCAUUAAAGAACAUGGAUCUCUUUAGCAUUUCUUUCUAUUUAUCUUUCUUUCUUAUUAUUUCUCUUUUUAUUUCCAUUUGGUUUGCUUUUUUGUCUAGAUCUUUCUGUUUAUCUUCCUCGUCCAUGGUUGAUGAUACCCUAGUAAAAUUCUAAGGAUUGCCUUUCUUCUCUGCUGUUUUGAUCUUUCUUUGUAAAAUUUUACCUUCAGUUAAUUAUCCAUGCAUUCUUAUUUGUAGCUGCACAUUUAAAAGGCAAAUGUUUCAGAGGGCAGUUUCUCUUUAAUAUGACCUGAAUGAAUGAGGCGUCAUCCUUCCCAUAUUCUGCCCUUUACAGGAGUUCAAAUGCAAAUAAGCCUUACCUCCCUGCCCCUGAAGUCAAAUAAGUAAAACAGGGAGAUCAGGUCCCAUCACACGCGGUCACAUGUAACAGCUUCUGUGGGUUGACACUUUCCCUCUCUUUGUAAUUGUAGUAUCCUGAGCACCAGCUGUUUAAUUUCCAUCAAGCAUAGGUGUAGUUUAGUUGUUUGACAAGAGGAGAAUAUGGUUGAAAGCCUCAAGUGAAGAGUCUUGCAGCCUGUAAAAGCAAUUUCCAAAAAUGAAACCUAGUCAUCAUAAACUAAAGCACAAACACAUGUAGCAGUUUACAGUACUUUUGGUUUAAUCUCAAUUACUCUCUUUCUCCCCUGGACUACAAAUCCAGUAUAGUUUGCCAUUAAUUUAUUGAACCUGGUUUUGGACAAUGCUUCUGUAGUGUAGCUGCACGUCCCGGUACUGUAUCCUCCGACCUUUAUUUUCCAUGUGUUACAAAAGGAUAAAAAAAAUUGAGAUUACGCUUGCAUAAACUCUAAUUUGCACAGUUCACAGCUACUACUUGUGCAGUAAUUGCUUUAUGCAGCUGUAAUCCAUAACCUGUGAAGACAGCACAUCAUCUAAACCCCAUUCCAAAUAAUAUUUCUGUGUAGUGUUAGCUGUGAAUUUACCCUGUACAGCUGUAUCUCUAUAAAUAUAAUUACAUGUAUUAAUAGUCACAGAAAGACUGUAAGUGAGCAACUAUUUUUAUGAAACGCACCACUAUGGAUAAAUUAACUUUUACAGAAAUCUUGUUUACUGUAUGAUAUUCUAAA